AUGUCAGAAAUCACCUUUGCCAAACAAUUCCUAGCAACGCUAGACAAGCGACCCAUCAAACUCGCCCCAGACCACAUCAGUGAUCCUCGCAAAUAUCCCAACCAAAGUCCCUACACCCUCCCCCGCGCCACCCACCCCUUCCCCCGCACCUCGGGCCCAACAUCCACCCAAACCGCGCAAUCGAAAUCCAUCUCCGUCUCCCUCAAACCCAUGCGAUCAGGCGAAACAGUCACUCUCCCGAACAUAACUCUCGAUACUACCAUCCACGAAAUCAAAAUUGAAUAUGCGGCGAAAUCAGGUUUACAACAGGAGAAGAUUAAACUUCUCUUGCAUAAAAAACCCGCGGGAGAUCUCAAGACGCUGAAGGAUUUGGGUGUUGAGGGGGAUGUAGAACUCAGUGUUAUGUUGAUGGCUGGAGCGGUGUCACGAUCGGGGAGWCCUGCUGUGGUGGAGAAAGUUCCUACUCCUGAUGCGACUGUUCCUGCGCCUGCGACGACGACGGGAGAUGCCAUGGAGAUUGAUUCAGCUGAGAGGACAGGUGCGCCGGAUAGUGAGGAAGUGGCGGCGCAGGCUGAGGAGCAGAAUGUUUUGCAUCAGGAUGAUGGGGUGCAGGAGAUGUUGAAGACGGAGGAGUUUUGGGAGGAUUUGAGGGGGGUUUUGUCGCAGAGGUUGAGGGAUGAGGGGGRGGGGGAGAGGUUGGCUAGGGUGUUUCGGGGGAGUGUCAAGUAG